CUAAAAGUAGUGCCGGGAGACUGGGGCCAGAACAGAAUCCGUGUUGACCCGAGUCACAACACGGAGGCUCUGGAUCACUCCGGUUCCGAGCAAGUCUGAGAUCGCCUCCCAUUUUCCCCACCUACAGGAUUCAACUUGGAUAUGGCUACCUCCAUUCUUGGGGAAGAGCCUCGGUUUGGAACGACACCUUUAGCUAUGCUGGCCGCAACCUGCAACAAGAUUGGAAACACGAGCCCCCUCACUACUUUGCCCGACUCCAGCGCCUUCUCCAAAGGGGGAUUUCACCCGUGGAAGAGAUCCACGUCAAGUUGCAACUCUGGUUCGGCUCUCCCCGGCUUCACGGUGGCGACCAGCCGCGCUCCCACGGGACUAGCGCCGACGAGCGGCGCCGGCAACAGCGCCUUCUGCCUGGCCUCCAGCGCCUCCCCGACGUCGGCCGCAUUCUCCAGCGAGUACAGCGGCUUGUUCACCAACGGCGGCAGCGUGUCAAGCCAGGAGUCCGGCCAGUCGGCCUUCAUCUCCAAGGUGCACACCUCCGCCGCCGAGAGCCUGUAUCCGAGGGUGGGCAUGGCGCACCCGUACGAGUCGUGGUACAAGUCCGGCUUCCACUCCACCAUCUCCGGCGAGGUGGCCAACGGCGCAUCCUCCUGGUGGGACGUGCAUACCAAUCCUGGCUCGUGGCUCGACGUCCAGAACCCUGCGGGCCCGCUGCAGGGCUCUCUGCACUCCAGCACCCCGCAGGCCAUCCACUCACAGCUGAGCGGGUAUAACGCGGAUUUCUCCUCGCUCACCCACUCGGCCUUCAGCUCCACGGGGAUCAGCCCCACCGCAUCCCACCUGCUCACCACCGGCCAGCACCUGUUGGCCCAGGACGGCUUCAAAACGGUGCUGCCCGCGUACACGGACACCUCCGCGGCAGCUGCAGCGGCGGCCAACGCCAUGAUCUCCGGGGGCGGCUCGGGGAUCAGCGGCUCUUCGCGGUCGUCGCGGCGGUACUCCGGCCGGGCGACGUGCGACUGCCCGAACUGCCAGGAGGCCGAGCGACUCGGACCGGCCGGGGCCAGCCUCCGGAGGAAGGGACUGCACAGCUGCCACAUCCCGGGCUGCGGCAAAGUGUACGGCAAGACGUCGCACCUUAAGGCGCACCUGAGAUGGCACACCGGCGAAAGGCCAUUCGUGUGCAACUGGCUCUUCUGCGGCAAGCGCUUCACGCGCUCCGACGAGCUCCAGAGACACCUGAGGACCCACACCGGCGAGAAGCGCUUCGCGUGCCCGGUGUGCAACAAGCGCUUCAUGCGUAGCGACCACCUGAGCAAGCACAUCAAGACGCACACGGCCGGAGGUGGCGGUAAGAAGGGCAGCGACAGCGACACUGACACCAGCAAUCUGGAGACGCCGAGGUCCGAGUCCCCGGACCUUAUUUUGGAAGGGGUCAACCCCAGGAUCACGGUUAAGGAACAGUCCCCUCACGACGAGCCCUGAUGGGGGAAAACAAGCACCCUCGAUUCCGAACUGCAUCACACGGGUCUUAUUUAAUAAGGGAAUAUUUCACGAAAAAACAAACUAAUCUCACCUCCAGACGCUUCAGCAGUAUUUAAUUGUGAGGAGGAACCUGUUGAAUUUGGACAAUGUGAGUUGCAUCUUGUAUAUGACUAACGAACACGUGUUCAUUUCAUGUUCUACUGUUAUUAAGCUUGGAUCGUUUUCAUUCGUGUUGCUUCUAUCCUGAACGUCAGGGAGUUUACUUUUCGAUGCACUUUGUGGAUAUUCUAUGUAUACGUGCAAAGCUUUCUUCAAAGUUUCGUUUGAUUUUUUUUUUAAUUC